UUGUGCAGAUACACCCGUAACGGAUUCAUUGUCACGGGAACUACCGCCAACUGGUUGACAUUCAUCAGCUUACUUCCGCUCUCUAAGACACCUACAAGCACAUAGACAUUCACAGAUCUACCACCCGUAGAUCUUUGCACCUAUUUGCUUAAAAGACAGAACUCAUCGAAAAGGUCUGUCCCCCUUUGCAUCUAUAAACUGCUUGCACCCACGAUCAGUCAUCGUUCACCCCGGUAACAUAUCUAACCUCCAAAUUGCGCUUUUCUCACCAUCUACAUUCACUCUAUGGACUAGAUCUCUUGCCAUGAACAUUCGCCACAGUUACCUAUUACCAUUCAUAUGCUUGCUCGCAGCAGUUCUAGCCCAGCCGAGCAGCGCCGCAAAUACCUUUCCUCCACGCGACAAAUUUGCCACGCGCGACGAGUACCUCGUGCGCGACCUCCCAGGCCUCUCGAAGCUUGAUGAUGCCGACCGCCCACUCAUGUAUGCAGGCCAGCUCGAGCUUUACCCCCAGAACCACACCGAGUACUUCUUCUGGAAGUUCCUCGACGAGGCCUCGCCGAAAACCCAGCUCAUCUUCUGGCUUAACGGCGGCCCCGGUUGUUCCUCCCUCGACGGGGCGCUCAUGGAAUCUGGGCCUCUUCGUGUAAACCACCUACGGGAGGUGAUUGCAAACAACGGUUCGUGGCACCGCAAGGCGGACAUUGUGUAUGUCGACCAGCCCGGUGGCACCGGUUUCAGCGUGACUGAAGCGUGGGACCGCGAACUCAGCGAGGUAACCUUUGACUUCAUGGUGUUUCUCCAGCGCUAUUUCGCAGUGUUUCCUGAAGAUAUGAAUAAAGAGAUUUAUAUCGCGGGAGAGAGUUAUGCGGGUCAGUAUAUCCCAUACAUUGCGCAGGGUAUCUUACGCCGCAACUUACAGAAGAAAGUGAACGAUCCAGAAUACAAGCUUAAGGGGGUGAUGAUUGGUAAUGGAUGGAUCGAUCCGAAUCAACAGAGCCUCUCGUACCUUCCGUUUGCGAUGGAGCGGAAGUUGUUAGACGUUCAGAACCACGGGUACCGCAAGCUCUUGGAGCAGCAAGAGAUGUGCCAAAACCGAAUCUCACACGCGACAGGGGACGAAAAGGAGCUGCUUUCCUUCGACGAAUGCGAGGUAAUUCUCUCGUAUCUCUUCCAUAUGACUUUGGACCAUUCUGCCCCGAAGGAUCAGCAGUGCUUGAACAUGUAUGACAUGCGGUUGAAGGACUCGUAUCCGUCUUGUGGCAUGAAUUGGCCGCCGGAUUUGACCGACAUCUAUCCGUUUUUAGCCACUGAGGGUGUUAUGGCGCUGUUGAACAUCCAUCACACGAAAAAGUGGACCGAGUGUGACCCCACUGUAAGUAGGUAUUUGAGGGGUAAGAAGUCGCGGCCGUCGGUCCACUUGCUCCCUGGCCUUCUUCUGCAGAUAGAGGUGUUACUCUUCUUUGGCGAUUCCGAUGUUAUUUGCAAUAUUAUGGGCGGCGAGAAGAUGGUUCUGGAUAUGAGGUGGGGGGGUGCCGUUAAAAACGGCUUCAGCGAGGCAUCUGAAUACGUCGAGUGGCUCGACGAUGACAAGUCGGCGGGGCGAAUCCGUCUGGAGCGCAACCUCACGUUUGUCCAGGUCUAUAACGCAUCGCACAUGGUUCCGUUUGACAAACCGCUCGUUUCACGAUCGUUGGUGGACUUGAUGUUUGGGAACGUGAAGAACGCCGAGAUGGAUGGGACAAAGGUGAUCAAGACGAGCCCGAUCUCUACGGGGGACAAACCCGAGGAGGGCCCUGAACACAGCCCGGGUGCUUCUGACGAGAAGGAAGACACUCAGACUCAGCAGCCUAGCAGUAGCUUUUACCGAGAGUACAUGAUCGACAUCCUUGAGCUCACGGUAAUUUUUAUCAUCGUAUGGGCGCUCUUGUACCUGUAUAACAAAUUCACCACGCGGCCGUCUUCGAUCCUCACCAACCAGAACUCACAACCUGGCCUGCACAACUCCCGGGCUGGACCUUACGGGAAACCGGGGAGCUCGCAGAGUGCACAAAGUGGCGCCAUACUUGGUUCGUCCCGUGGCCAUAAGAAGAAGAAGUCGGUGCAGUGGGUCGAUCAGGUGGUUAACUUUGACGAUAUUGUGCGAUCAAAGCAGAAGAACAUCUUUAAGAAGGUUUUGACGAAAAUGGGUGUGUCCGACACACUCACUAAGGCUCUGUACUUGCCGUUGGAGAACAGCUUGGCGAAUGAGCCUGAUUGGGACAUUGAGUUGGGGUUGAUCUCUGAGGAGCCCCUGGACUUUGAAGGCGGAAGUUCCAGUCAGCCUUGAAGUGCAAAUAUAUAAGCAUGCACUUUUUAAUAAGGGACUUCUGAAAUAUACAUUCAUAUAUAUAUAUAUAUACGAAUUUAUAGCUAG